UUCCAGGCCUCCCUCAGUGCGCUGACCGUCGUCGUGCGCAAGUUCCGCUCGGUCUCCUCCCUGGUGGCGGAGGGCGGGCGGCUCGGGGGCCUGGAGGACGCGCUGGCGGACGCCGCGGCCCGCGCGUCCGCGGGCGACGGCGUCAGCGUGGAGCUGUCGGGCGAGGGCGUCAGCGUGGGGGGGCUCUCGCUCUCCCUGCCCUCGGGCGCCGCCAUCUGCAGGGAUCUCGCCUUCGCGGUGGGGCCCGGGGAGCGCCUGGUCGUCACCGGCGAGUCGGGCUGCGGCAAGACGACGCUGGUCCGGGCCUUGGCGGGGCUGUGGGCAGAGGGCUCGGGGCGCGUGCGGCGCUCGGGUGACGCGGUCUUCGCGCCGCAGGACCCCUACAUACCCGCGGACACGCUGCGCCGCGUGCUGACCUUCCCGGCCCCGGACCGGCGCCUUCUCCGACGAGCAGGUCACGCGCGCAGCGAAGGCGGCGCUGCUCGAUACCGUCCUGGAGCGCCACGGCCUCGACGGCGCGGAGGACUGGGAGGCCGUGCUCUCCCGCGGGGAGCGCCAGCGCUGCGCUUUCUGCCGCCUUCUGCUGCACCGCCCGCGCUUGGCGGUGCUCGACGAGGCCACCUCGGCGCUGGACCCCGAGGCGGAGGCGGAGCUGUACUCCAGGCUGGAGGCCCCCUGCGUCGUCUCCAUCACCCACCGCCCGGCCCUCCGCGAACUGCACACGCACGAGCUCAGCCUGGGCGGGGGCGGCUGGACCUUCGGGCGCGUGGCGGGCGCGCGGCCCUGAGGACUCGCGCCGUGCGCCCUCCUCCGGAUCCUCUUGGUCCAGGUCCUCGCGGUUCCGGUCCCCGUCUCUGUCCCUUCUCCGCCUCUUCCUCUUCCCUCC